CUGGGUUUCUCAUGAACAUUCUGGAGCAGUACAAACUCUUCUCUAGUCAAGCUAUUAAUCUCCAAAAAUCUGCUGUAUUUUUCAGUAGAAAUACACCCCUCCACCUUCAAAGAUCAAUCUGCAGCUCUCUGAACAAUAUUACUUCUCACAGGUCAACUAAAUACUUGGGAUUGCCACUGGGGAUUGGCAGAUCCAAAAAGGAAGUUUUUGCUUACUUA